CUUUCUCCGGCAAUAACCGCCUAGCACAGGUCCAUCUCCGGCGGUAACCACGGCGACGCCACCGCCAACCCGACCGCCAAUGUCCACCGCCGCAUCCGCGCUCCGCCCGCCGCCCCGCUGGGACGCGCCGUCGCAGCGCCGGCUCGUGGAGCAGCACCUGGCGUCCCUUCCCCACGGCCUCCCGCGUCUCCCCCACGUGCAGGAGCUGCACGCACAGCUCCUCAAGCACGGUCUCCACCUCGACCCGCUCGCGGCCUCCAAGCUUAUCUACUCAUACGCGCUCCAGCGCCGCCCCACGACCUCCCGCCGCGUCUUCGCCUCCUUCCCCAACCCGCACGCCACCACCUUCCUCCCAAACACCCUCCUCCGCGCCUACGCGCUCAACGCCCUGCCGCACGCUGCGGUCGACGUCUUCUCCGCCAUGCCCCAACGGGACAGCUUCACCUACUCGUUCCUCAUCAAGGCGCUCUCCUCCGCCGGCUUGCCGCCUCUCCGCACGGUGCACUCCCACGUCGUCAAACUCGGCUCCGUCGACGACACCUACGUCGGGAAUGCGCUCAUCGACGCCUACUCCAAGAACGGAGCGUUCUUGGACGCCAGCAAGGUGUUUGAUGAAAUGCCGAAGCGGGACACCGUUUCCUGGAACACGGCCAUGGCUGCGAUGCUGCGGCAAGGGGAGGUGUCCGGUGCAAGGAGGAUGUUUGAAGAGAUGCCGGAGAAGGACACAGUAAGCUGGAACACCAUGCUGGACGGCUACACCAAGGCCGGCGAGAUGGGGGAGGCAUUCGAGCUGUUCCAGCAUAUGCCGGAGAGGAAUGUGGUGUCGUGGUCAACCGUGGUGUCUGGUUACUGUAAGAAGGGUGACAUGGAGAUGGCUCGACUGCUCUUUGAUAAGAUGCCGACCAAGAACUUGGUGACGUGGACUAUAAUGGUCUCAGCAUAUGCCCACAAUGGGCUUGGGGAGGAGGCUGGAAGCUUGUUCACUCAGAUGAAGGAGACUGCUCUGGAACUUGACGUGGCUGCAGUUGUGAGUAUCUUGGCUGCAUGCGCAGAGUCAGGCUUGCUUGCUCUUGGGAAGAGGAUUCACCGGCACGUGCGGACCAGACAACUGGGGAGGUCCACCCACGUUUGCAAUGCACUGAUUGACAUGUUUUGCAAGUGCGGAUGUGUAAAACGGGCCGAUUAUGUUUUUGACACUGAGAUUGUUGACAAGGAUGCGGUGUCAUGGAACACCAUAAUUGGGGGGUUUGCAAUGCAUGGGCAUGGAGACAAGGCGCUGGACUUCUUUGCUCAAAUGAAGCUACAAGGCUUCCGGCCUGAUGCUGUCACAAUGAUCAAUGUCCUUAGUGCAUGCACACACAUGGGGUUUGUGGAAGAGGGACGCCGCUACUUCUCCAACAUGGAGAGGGACUAUGGUAUUGUGCCACAGAUAGAGCAUUAUGGUUGCAUGAUUGACCUUCUUGGCCGUGGAGGGCUCAUCAAGGAGGCUGUUGACCUCAUAAAAAACAUGCCUUGGGACCCUAAUGAGGUCAUAUGGGGAUCCCUUCUCAGUGCAUGCCGACUGCACAAGAAUGUGGAGUAUGCAGAAAUUGCAGUGAACGAGCUCAGUAAGCUGCAGCCUUUCAAUGCAGGGAAUUAUGCUGUCCUUUCGAACAUCUAUGCAGAGGCUGGGAAGUGGAGUGAUAUGGCUAAGGCAAGGAUGGAAAUGAAAGGAACCAAGUCUCAGAAGUCAGCAGGGUCAAGUUGGAUUGAACUGGAUGAAGCAUUCCAUGAGUUCACAGUGGGGGACCGAAAACACUCAGACUCUGAUCAAAUAUCCGAGAUGGUUGAUAGGCUGAGUUCGCAUACUAAGGAUGCAGGCUGCAUUCCAACAGGUCACGAGCUGCUUGUGCAGUGAGUCUUUUGCCAAAGGCAUGCUCAAUUGCUCAUAUCGCAGUCAUAAACAUGGAAUGUUCUAUGAUGUGUUAGCAUUGCAGGGUAUGCAAUCUAUAUAAGGAAGCACCAGCUCCAGUGAAUCCUGCAAUCAAGAAGAUGCUAUGAUGUGUUACAGAAUUACCCACGUUGGGCUGGAAACCCAGAGAUCUGCUCAAUCAUUUCUCAGCAUCUGCUCUUCUGCCAUCAGGUUUGCCCUGUCGAGAACUGCUACUAUGUUAAGACGAAAGAUGUUGAUGGGAUGGACUGACAAAACACUACCAAUAUAAUGCUAGGUUGGUCGAAUAGUUCAUACAUUAGUAUUGGAUGCUUCACUUCUUCUGGUUAAUCAAAACCAAAAUAAGCCUUAGGGUAGGGUCUUCUAAAAAAUAAUUAAGUGAGAAGACCUCAGAUUGAAAAAAUAAGAAGACUUUGGUAAUUCCAUUAUAGCGGCAAAGUGAUUAUGUUGGAAAAGUAGAAUAGUUGAGUGUUUUACAAUUGCUCAUCCCAUUUUUGUAAAUGUACCACUUCGUUAGAAUGUUUUAGUGAGGUAGCACACAAUGUUCGUUAGAAUUCUUAUUCAGGUAUCAAGCUUGUAUCUCGUACAAGAACUAUGUAAAUCAUUCAUUUGUACUUACUCUUAGGUUGAA